AUGGGUGCCUUACUGAAAUAUAUGGAUUCUGCACGCGUUGGAGUCGAAUUUGAGACCGCUAACGUUCGCACUCCUGUGACUGCAAUCAAAACUAUAUCUAUCGAUGAAAUGGUUGAGAUUGACAGUAAUACAUAUCUUGCUUUGGAUAUAUUUCUUCCAAACGAACACAAGAGAGCUGCCAAAGCUAAGUCAGAAUGCAAAUCUUUGUUCGGUCUGUGCAACAAGUGUAGAUCAGCUCCUGGAAAACGCAUGCUGAGAAAAUGGUUCGAGCAUCCCACUACGAAUCGCGAAGUUCUUAGUGAAAGGCAGGAAGCGGUCUCGUAUUUUCUUCAGGAUUGUAACAUGGAGCUCACAGGAAAACUGCAUACCCUUCUUGGUUCAUUAAGAAGCAUGAGGUAUAUUCUCAAUCAGCUACGGAAUGGCAGUGCAAAAGUACUACACUGGGACAAUCUGUACAAGACAAUAUCAAGCUCAGUGAUGAUCGGUCGAUAUUUGGAAACCAUGGGAUCUCCACUGAAAUUGCUAAAAGAUGACAUUGGCUUUUACGGGGAUGUUUUGGAGGAAACUUAUGUCGUGCUGAAUGCUAUGAUUGAUUUCGGAGAGUCUUACUCGGAGAAUCGUCUUGUGAUGAGCCCAGGUGUCGAUCCGGAACUUGAUGAAGCGAAGAGGCUCUACCGUAACCUGCCAUCUCUUCUCACCCAGGUGGCUCAAGACGAAUCUAGUCGAUUCAAAGCGGAGACAUGUUCUGUUGCAUAUGUACCUAUGAUAGGCUAUCUUGUUGCACUACCUCACGAUUUCCCCGUUGAGAAAUUUGAAGAGUGA